AUGAUGUUGCUACCUCAUGACACCAUACUCGUAACAGUAACAUCUCUUUUCCCAAGGCAGAAAUAGAAGAGGUUCUUUCCCACCAUGAACCAGGGCAACCACACCAGUGUGAAGGAGUUUAUGUUCCUGGAACUCACUCACUUUCAGGAGCUGGAAUGUUUCUUGUUUGUGGUCUUUCUCGUUGUGUAUAUAACAACCGUAUGGGGCAAUGUUCUAAUUGUGGUCACUGUCACUUGUACUUCCUGCCUCCACAGUCCCAUGUACUUUCUCCUGAGGAAUAAAUCAGUCCUGGACAUUGUUUUCUCAUCCAUCUCUGUCCCCAAGUUCCUGGUGGAUCUAUUGUCAAAGAGAAAGACCGUCUCUUACAAUGGGUGUAUGGCACAGAUCUUUUUCUUUCAUUUUGCUGGUGGGGCAGAUAUUUUUUCCCUCUCUGUAAUGGCCUAUUACAGAUACCUUGCAAUUGCUAAACCCCUCCACUCUGUGACCAUUAUGAGGAGAGAGGUAUGGGUGACCUUGGUGGUGGCUUCCUGGAUAGGAGGUUGUCUGCAUUCAAUUGUCCAGAUAAUUCUGAUACUUCCACUCCCCUUCUGUGGCCCCAACAUUCUGGAUGCCUUCUACUGUGAUGUGCCCCAGUUGGUAAAACUGGCCUGCACUGACACUUCUACUCUGGAGAUUCUCAUGAUCUUUAACAAGGGGCUAGUGACCCUACUGUGGUUCCUCCUGCUCCUAGGGUCCUACACCAUUAUUCUGGUAAUGCUUCGAUCCCACUCUGAGGAGGGACGGAACAAGGCCUUCUCCACCUGCACCUCCUACAUCCUGGUGGUGUCUCUCCACUUUGUGCUAAGUGUUUACAUCUACUGCCGGCCCUUCAUUAUGCUGCCCAUGGACACAGUCAUAUCCAUCAAUAAUACGGUCAUCACUCGCGUGCUGAACCCCCUGGUCUACACACUGAGGAACCAAGAGAUGACGUCAGCCAUGAAGAGACUACAAAGGCGGCUUCAGUCUUCUGAGAGCAAUAAACUAAGGUGA